AUGUCGGAGAUUGGGUUUAUUGAUGAAAUGGAAGGAGAGUCGGACCUAGAUAGAAGCAAACAUUUUGACCUAAUGACAAUGGAUCCGCCCGCCGAGGAACAAUCAGAGAGUGGAGAUCCUCUGGAAGGUCACAGUAGGGAAUUGUAUUAUCAACAAGCAGUGGCCAGAGCUGAGGCAGCGUCGGAUGAAGUAAACCGAGCCCUGCGAGAGCUUAAGGCAGGGUGGAUGAAAACGAUGUACACUGGAAUGGUGGCGGGUCAAGAGACAUCAGCACUAACACGAAGAAGUGACAGCUCACAGCCUUCGACAGAUAACUCCAGCAAUUAUGAGAAGCCAAUAGUACGGGAAGAAACCCUGCAACAGGCAUCGGUCAAUGUCGAGAAAAUGGCAUCGUCUUUACCGCCAAUGCUUGCAAACAAAGCGCCUCAAGUCACAAUUAUGCAUCCACAGGGAGAAUCAGAGAAGGGUGAAGAAAUAAGAGAGCUAGUGGCUAUGAUGCGCAUGCCGCAAGCCACACUUCCCAAGUUUAAAGGACAAGGGCGGGCGGAGUUUUGGACCUUUAUGCAUGCCUUCCGUCGAUACAUGACAAAUGCGGCCGUGCCAGAGAAGUACAAGUACCAACUGCUCAUGGAUGCUUGUGAAGGAGAAGAGUUACAUCAAGCAAUCAUGGGAUGCGACUAUCUAGAGCCAGACAGAGCCUACAACAAGGCAAUCAAGAUCCUGGAGGAAAGGUUUGGAGAUAAGUAUGCAUAUGCGGACCAGCUGGUAAAACUGGCAUCUCAACUAUGGGGUGCAGUGAGCCAUCUGGAGAAUCUGAACUUGAUGUCUGAACUUGAAACAUGGCAGACCUUCAGAACGCUGGUGAUUAAGCUUCCCCCCAAUUUGAGGGAACGCUGUGUGGAUGAUGUACGAAAUUAUCAGAAGUCGACAGGACACAGAACAGGGCUGGUGAAGUGGUUAGCGCUAUAUUUGGAGGAGAAAGCGGUGACGAUGGAUGACAUGGCUCUGCUAUCAAGCGAGGACAAUCAAGAAGGAAGUAAGAAAAGACCAGAAGGAUCAUCGUCAAGCAAACGUGCCGUGGGCCUAGUGACUAUCAGUGAAGCGAAAGGCAAUGGAGGAGAAACAAACUCUGGAAAAGGCUCGUGCCUAGUGUGUUCCAGAGCACAUGGAUUUGCAGGGUGCGACGAAUUCCGGAGCAUGUCACUGCGAAAGCGACAUCUGACUAUCGACGAAAAAUGCCAAGAUUGUACUGCCCAUAGUGAGUGUGAAGAUUCGGGGAAAGGACUCACACCAACGAAAUCACAUCAGAACUUUAGCUCUCUUGGACUCAGGCAGCGACAGGUACUAUUGCACCAAAGAUCUGGCACAGAAACUAAGGGUGAAAGGGACACCUACCCUGGUAACCAUGGGUACACUUGCCCAAGAGAUGAUACUCGAGUCAGCGGAGGUAGAUCUAGAAGUGGUUGGCGCAGGCAUGAAACGACGCAGAACCAUACUUAUCCCGAAAGUACUCAUUAUACAAAAUUUCCCACAACGCUGCACAACUCCGUAGCGAACACAAGUGAUAUCUCAAGGUCGACCCAUCUGCGAGGUGUGGAAUUACCAGAAUUGCAGAGCAACAACAUAGAAAUUCUAAUAGGACAAGAUGUGCCACAAGCCCUGGUACCUUUGGAGGUCAGAGCAGGAAGGAAUGGAAUGCCAUUCGCCAUAAAAACGCGACUGGGUUGGACAGUAAAUGGACCGGUGGGGCACCAAGACGCACAAGGAGUUUGUAUGUCAGGAUACCUGAUGACCGAAACUGUCGUGAGUCCUGAAACCCGUCUGGAAAGACAAGUUAAGCUUUUUUGGGAGCUGGAAAGUGGGGACACAGGAGCCUUGCAGUCAGCAGCUCAUUCACUUGAGGACAAAAGAGUGUUGAGGUUAUGGUCAGAGACAGGCAUCAAAACUAAUGGUCAUUACCAAUUUCCCAUACCGUUCCGUAAUGAGAACACGGAAAUCCCAAACAACAAGGCCGUGGCUGAGCGUCGACUAGAUGGGCUUCGAAGGAGACUAUCCAAGGACGCACGGCUGCGACAAGGAUACGUAGAGGAAAUAAAUAAACUGCUUGCUGAAGGAUAUGCUGAAUCAGUGCCUAAGUGCCAGUUGAAGUCAGAUACUGGACUGGUCUGGUAUCUGCCUCAUCACCCGGUGUUGAACCCAAAUAAGUCAAACAAAGUACGCAUAGUUUUUGACUGUGCAGCCAAACACAAAAGGACAUCGCUGAACGACCAGGUACUACAAGGUCCAGACUUCAACAACAAAUUACUUGGAAUCUGUUUAGGUUUUGCCAAGGAACUACAGCCAUCAUGGCAGAUGUGGAGGCUAUGUACCAUCAAAUCCAUGAAGCGCCAGAACAUCGAGAUGCGUUAA